GUAGUCUCCCCUAAGUACUAUAGCCUGACUUCGGAUAAUCAUCUCACGACCAUUCAAACUUCUACUCUGAACCUCUACUCUGAACCAAAUGCCCAAUCGAAUUCAGCCGCAAAGUAUUCGUACUGUGGGCGAACUAUUCGCGAAUGCUGCUAUCCAGGACGUCGAAACGCCCAUCUAUCCACCCAAGCGAUCGCUUCUGAGUCGUGUACAUCUAUAUCAAGGUGACAUUACUGAAAUCGAGGUGGAUGCAAUCGUCAACGCUGCCAAUUCGACAUUGCAGGGCGGCGGUGGAGUGGACGGGGCAAUCCAUAUGGCUGCUGGCCCAGCACUCGCCGAAGCAUGCAGAGAAUUAUAUCCCGGGCGGCGCCCUUGUCCAACUGGAGACGCAAAAAUUACUCCAGGCUUUCAGCUCCCUUCGAAACACGUUAUCCAUGCUGUAGGACCAAGAUGGAGUGUUUCUUCAGACACGCAGACAAUGGCCAGUCAGCUUGCGUCCUGCUAUAGAAUAAGUCUUCAGUUAGCGGUAGACAACAACUGCAAGAGCAUCGCCUUUCCCCUGAUUUCAACUGGCAUCUAUGGAUACCCCAUCGACGAGGCAACUCACGUCGCGCUCAAGGAGACACGUAUUUUCUUGGAAGAAAAUAAUCAGUUGGACCACGUAGUAUUUGUCAUUUUUACUGGAAGAGAUGGCGAUCAGAAGGUAUACGAGAAAUUCAUUCCAUAUUAUUUCCCCCUUGGACCAGAAGAUGUUACGGAAAGCGUUGAACCUCUGUCGAGCGCGAAGGUUGCUGUAGAUGAAUAAUUUUCUGCGCUGUAUUGUUUUACUUCACGACAUUUUACUUCCAGAACCCAAUAAAAACGGUUUGCAAGUGAUUACAUCCAUUC